CCCUCCCGAAUGCCACGCACUACCCGGCUCCUGAGUGUGGGAAUGUCUCGGGACGAUCAGCUAUAGCCACAGGUUCCCCCAGACACACCCUGCUCUGGGUCUACCCCAAACUCCGGUUCAGUCCUCUGAGUGGGCGGGACCCACAGAAGCUUCCCAGGUGGGGAGCACGGGCUCCAUCCGGUCCUAGUGCCGCCAGGCACAGACUGCCAACCGGGACAUACGCUCACUCGCGGUUCCAGUGUAGAGUGACCGGCUGCCACCCGGCUGGCCAUGAGGGGUACGCCCCUGCUCCUCGUCUCUCUGUUCUCUCUGCUUCAGGACGUGGGGUUCUUCCGGACAAGGGCCCAGCAGGUCUGACUGUACGAUUUCCCAGGGGACUGCCGCCUGGCCAACGCAGAGGAGAAGCUGAUGGAUGACCUCCUGAACAAAACCCGGUACAACAACCUGAUCCGCCCAGCCACCAGCUCCUCUCAGCUCAUCUCCAUCCGCCUGGAGCUAUCACUGUCCCAGCUCAUCAGUGUGAAUGAGCGAGAACAGAUCAUGACCACCAGCAUCUGGCUGAAACAGGAAUGGACUGACUACCGCCUGGCCUGGAACAGCUCCUGCUAUGAAGGGGUGAACAUUCUGAGGAUCCCCGCAAAGCGUGUCUGGUUGCCUGACAUCGUGUUGUACAACAAUGCCGAUGGCACCUAUGAGGUGUCUGUCUACACCAACGUGAUUGUGCGUUCCAAUGGCAGCAUCCAGUGGCUGCCCCCUGCUAUCUACAAGAGUGCCUGCAAGAUUGAGGUGAAGCACUUUCCCUUCGACCAGCAGAACUGCACCCUCAAAUUCCGCUCCUGGACCUAUGACCACACGGAGAUUGACAUGGUUCUUAAGUCGCCCACGGCCAUCAUGGAUGACUUCACCCCCAGUGGUGAAUGGGACAUUGUGGCCCUCCCAGGACGGAGGACGGUGAACCCUCAGGACCCCAGCUACGUGGACGUGACCUAUGACUUCAUCAUCAAGCGCAAGCCGCUCUUCUACACCAUCAAUCUUAUCAUUCCUUGUGUGCUCAUCACCUCGCUGGCUAUCCUGGUCUUCUACCUGCCCUCCGACUGUGGGGAGAAGAUGACGCUCUGCAUCUCUGUGCUGCUGGCACUCACGUUCUUCCUGCUGCUCAUCUCCAAGAUCGUGCCUCCCACCUCCCUUGACAUACCGCUCAUUGGCAAGUACCUCUUGUUCACCAUGGUGCUGGUCACCUUUUCCAUCGUCACCACUGUGUGUGUCCUCAAUGUGCACCACCGCUCACCCAGCACUCACACCAUGGCAUCCUGGGUCAAGGAGUGCUUCCUGCACAAACUGCCCACCUUCCUCUUCAUGAAGCGUCCCGGUCUUGAAGUCAGCCUGGUCAGGGUCCCUCAUCCCAGCCAGCUGCACUUGGCCACAGCUGAUACUGCAGCCACCUCUGCCUUAGGCCCCACCAGCCCAUCCAACCUCUAUGGGAGUUCCAUGUACUUUGUGAACCCUGUCCCUGCCGCUCCUAAGUCUGCAGUCAGCUCCCACACAGCAGGCCUCCCCAGGGAUGCCCGUCUGAGGUCCUCCGGGAGGUUCCGGGAAGAUCUACAGGAAGCAUUAGAGGGUGUCAGCUUCAUCGCCCAGCAUCUGGAGAGCGAUGACCGAGAUCAAAGUGUCAUCGAGGACUGGAAGUUCGUCGCGAUGGUUGUUGACCGCCUGUUCCUGUGGGUGUUCGUGUUUGUGUGUAUUCUGGGCACCAUGGGGCUCUUCCUGCCACCCCUUUUCCAGAUCCACGCACCCUCCAAGGACUCCUAGGCUACCCGGCGUGUCUCGGGCCCCCGGGUUGUAGUGAGAUGAUAUGAGAAGCCGUGUGGGAAGCUGACUGUUCCAUUUGGGCCAUAGCUAAUGAAGCCCUAAGUAAAGCCAUGACUAUUGGCAAUCAGCCCAUCAAACUAGCCACAGCCACGAGAAGGACAGAGAUAGAUGCCUUCUGCUGAUCCCUCUGAUGCCGUCCAGUAAGUCCCUGAAGGAGGAGGAUGAGGCUGCUGAAUACCAGCCUGGCCUCCUUCCUUCCACGUGCCAGGCACCGGAGUCAGACAGCCGUGUAUCAUGCCGUCACACCCCAGCCCGCCUUCCCAUCCAUCUCCCUCUGAUUCGCAGCUACCCACUAGAUUCCCCCACCAUCUUUCAUUUCCAUACACUUCUAGAUUCUCCCAAGUCAGAACCUUUAUAUCUUCUACUGCUACCGUCCAAACCUCACUGUAAACUCCCAAGCUUUUCACGUGGCUGCACCAGUCAGAGCUCUGCUCCAAUGCCACUUCCUUGUAUAAGCCUUCCCAUGAUCCUCUGCUCCAGUGUCAUUUCCUUGUAUAAGCCUUCCCUAGUCAUGCAUUGCAAAGCAGUGUCUCCCAUAACCACAUCAAAUCUCCAGCUUCCUUGAGUGUUCCCCAUCAGUAGCUGCAGCCUUUAGUUGGUGGCACACUAGUCACCAGCACCUUGCCCACAA